UGUACCUCCACUGUGCUGGGGCAAUUAUUUAUCCAGGAGGGGUCAAUGACUGGCCCAGGGUUAUCCACCAAGCUUCCAGGUAGGGCUUGGAUCCUGAACUGGGGAUACCUGUCAGCCCCUCAUUCUCUGAGCCUGCCCUUCAGAAGUUGCUGUAUAAACUUAAUUUGGAGGGUGUGCCCUAGCAAGCUCAGCUCUUCAAAGUCUCCCGUCCUGACUGGUUCUCCAAUGGAACACAGAUUCCCUCAGAAAGAUGCCAGAGAGAUCUGUGGUCACUCUGGAGAUCAAAGAGGGAGCAGCUGGAUUACUCAUGACCACAGUUGAACCAGGAUUCCCAGUAAAAGGCAAAGGUUCACUAAGACAACCUCCGCCCUCAGCCAACUGUUCCUCCCUGCCCGACUUUCUUCAUUUCCAAGUCAGGAGAGGGGAAGCCACCCUGCCAGGACCUGACUUCUCUUCUUCCCCUGGAGGAAAGAUAGUUCAGGACAACGUAGGACUAGAAGCUGUAGGAGUUCCAGUGCUCAGACCCAGAAAUAAGCAGUCACCUCUUCGAGGUCUUGUCGCCCAUCCUUCUUGGGUUACAUGUUAGAAUAUAUUCCAGAGGGCACAGCUAGAGUAUUGAGUCUCUCACAAAGUCUCGGUCCUUUAGAGCCUAGGGGAGCAGUUGAGGAAAUUAUGUUUCAGGACCCAAGCUACGGCAGAAAGGAGGAUAGGAUACAACAGACUCCAGUCCCUGAUGCCACCACAUCUUGUCUACCGGAUACUCUUCUUGGAAUGACACGGGAUAAAGAAGGAAGGAUGCCACGAGAGAUGCGGGGUCGAACUAAAGCUGACUCCUGGCCUUGGACCGCACAAGAUCCUCGGUCCUAGAGUACAGAGGGGCUCACCCAUCACACUGGUUGGUUCUCAAGGCCUUUCCUCUUCCCAGAGGCCCUCUGUUCCAGCUGGCAGCACUCAGGGGCGCUCGGGGCGGAGUUCCUUUGGCCUGUAGCUCACUACCGGGGACAAGUUCCCACGUGACCCACAGUCUACCGGGCACCCGGACGGACGAGCCUUGAAGCUGCUAUCUGGCCCAUUAUAGAGCCCUGAUUGGUUUCCCGUUUAUGAAACUCCUCGGCCCUCCAAUCUUAGCCGGGUGAUGGUUGCAGGAAGGCCCUGUAUUGUGCUGCAGAGCGGCUCUUGGGAUCCCCGAAAACAAAAACAAAGAAAAACAAAGGUGGUCCUUCGAGGGCGGGCUUGGAGGGCUGCAGUUCCCACGCGAAGGUGGCCACUUCCCGGCCUCUCCUCGCCCCGCCCCGCCCCGCCCCGCCAGGACCCAGUCCUCCUCACCCCAUAGGCAGAGCGACCCUCCCGCCUCCCCGCCGGCUUCUUCUUCUUUAGCCCCCGCCUUGCUCACUUUCAAAGUUUACUCCGGCCCGGGACCUGCGGCGGAAGCGAGACAUGGCUGUCUACCUCGGGAUGCUGCGCCUCGGGAGGCUGUGUACCGCGAGCCUGGGGGCGCAGGGACCCCGGACGCUGCUCUCUCGGCCUUGGCAGAACUCAAAGUUGCACGGUGUCCGCGCUCUCAGCUCUGGAACGGUGAAUUGCACCAAUCCCUUGCCCAUCGGAGGCCUCAGUUACAUUCAGGGCCACACCAACUCCCACCUUGUCAACACGACUGUGGGUGAGUGCCUGGAUGCCACAGCACAGAAGUUCCCCAACAGGGAGGCUUUGGUUAUCCUCCAUGAAAACAUCAGGCUGAACUUUGCACAGCUCAAGGAGGAGGUGGACAAAGCUGCUUCUGGUCUCCUGAGCAUUGGCCUUCGCAGGGGUGACCGGCUGGGCAUGUGGGGACCCAAUUCCUAUGCAUGGGUGCUUAUUCAGUUGGCCACUGCCCAGGCAGGCAUCAUCCUGGUGUCUGUGAACCCAGCCUACCAGGCCUCAGAACUGGAAUAUGUCCUAAGAAAGGUAGGCUGCAAAGCCAUUGUGUUCCCUAAGCAAUUCAAAACCCAGCAAUAUUACAACAUCCUGAAGCAGAUCUGUCCUGAGCUGGAAAAGGCCCAACCAGGGGCCUUGAAGAGUGAGAGGCUCCCAGAUCUGACCACAGUCAUCUCAGUGGAUACCCCUUUGCCAGGGACCCUGCUGCUCGAUGACGUGGUGGCAAUCGGUAGCAAGGAGCAGAAUCUGGCCCAGCUGCGGUACCACCAGCAAUUCUUGUCCUGUUACGACCCCAUCAAUAUCCAGUUUACCUCGGGGACUACUGGCAGCCCCAAGGGGGCCACUCUUUCCCACCACAACAUUGUAAACAACUCCAACCUGAUAGGCCAGCGGCUGAAGAUGCACACGAAGACUGCAGAAGAGUUGCGGUUGGUCCUGCCCAGCCCCCUGUACCACUGCCUGGGCUCCGUGGGGGGCACCAUGGUGUCUAUGAUGUAUGGUGUCACUCUCCUCCUGUCUUCUCCAAGCUUCAAUGGCAAGAAGGCGCUGGAAGCCAUCAGCAAAGAGAAAGGCACCCUCCUGUAUGGCACCCCCACGAUGUUUGUGGAUGUUCUGAAUCAGCCGGACUUUUCCAGUUAUGACUUCUCAUCUAUACGUGGAGGUGUGAUUGCUGGGUCCCCAGCCCCCCCGGAGUUGAUCCGAGCCAUCAUCAACAAGAUGAACAUGAAGGAACUGGUGGUUGUUUAUGGAACCACAGAGAACAGUCCCGUGACCUUCAUGAACUACCCCGAGGACACCCUGGAGCAGAAGGCUGAAAGUGUGGGCAGAAUUAUGCCGCAUACGGAGGCCCAGAUCGUCAACAUGGCCACAGGGGAGCUGACCAAGCUGAACACGCCGGGGGAGCUGUACAUCCGAGGCUACUGCGUCAUGCAGGGCUACUGGGGGGAGCCACAGAAGACCUUCGAGACGGUCGGACAAGACAAGUGGUAUCGGACAGGAGACAUCGCCACGAUGGAUGAACAGGGCUUCUGCAAGAUCGUAGGCCGCUCCAAGGACAUGAUCAUCCGGGGAGGUGAGAACAUCUACCCUGCAGAGCUGGAGGACUUCUUCCACAAACACCCACAGGUGCAGGAAGUGCAGGUGGUGGGGGUGAAGGACGAGCGGAUGGGAGAGGAAAUCUGUGCUUGCAUCCGGCUGAAGAGUGGGGAGACCACCACAGAGGAAGAGAUCAAAGCUUUCUGCAAAGGGAAGAUCUCCCACUUUAAGAUUCCCAGAUACAUCGUGUUUGUGGACAGCUAUCCUCUCACCAUCUCAGGAAAGAUCCAGAAAUUUAGACUCCGAGAGCAGAUGGAACAACAUCUAAAACUGUGAAGCAAAAGAGGGUCCUCCCAGAGCCUCUCAGCCCUCCCACACAAAGGAGGGUCCUCCCAGAUCCCCUCAGUCCUCCCACACAAAGGAGGGUCCUCCCAGAGCCCCUCA